AUGAGGCUCAUCCCAGGACCUCAGUGGCUCUGCCAGCGCGGCUUCAACACCGGCUUCUUACUGAACCUUCUCGGCUUGUCGUAUGCUUCCAAGAUCAUCGAGCUGAAAGAUGAGCUCGAGUUCGAUGUGAUCUUCGGGCCGGCCUACAAAGGGAUCCCGAUCGCCUCGAUCACGGCGGCCGAGUUGAACCGACUCGACCCACUGAAAUACCAUUCGCUCGGCUUCAGCUUCGACCGGAAGGAGGCCAAAACCCACGGCGAGGGGGGCUCGAUCAUUGGCAGCCCGCUCGAGGGUAAACGGGUGCUCAUCGUCGACGACGUGAUCACCGCCGGUACGGCCAUCAGACAAUCGAUCAAGACCAUCGAGCAACACGGAGGUCACUUCGUCGGUGUCCUCGUCAACCUGGAUCGACAGGAAAAGUCUAACGACUCCGAGCUGAGCGCGAUCGAGAUCGUUGAGGCCGAGUUCAAGACUAAGGUCCACUCAAUCAUCAAGCUCAACCAAAUCAUCGACCUCCUCAAGUCCAUCGAUGGCUACCAAAACGAACUCCUUCAGAUGGAAAAUUAUCGCAAACAGUGGGGUAUCCAGCCCGCUAAAAAUUAAUCAUUCGCUCAAACUAGCCCCCAAACGCCUGCGGAUCCUAGGUGCCUUGGUCAACGAAUGCUCUGCCCAUCCCAAAGCAACUCAACAGACCUCCGCAUGUUAUAAACCGAACUAAACGUUUGCAACCAAGUCAUGACGGUCUGCAAAGCACAGAUUUUUGAAGUCCCUGUAUCCAUUUCGGUAGCAAUUCAGACUUUAGAGGCACCUAAAUAGACAAAAGCAUAAAUACCUUUUUCAAAAAAAAACAGGCCAAGCAAUUUAAGGAGGCAUGGAAAUGUACAUAGAUAGACAUCUUGCAUGACUUUCUGAAAGACAACUGAUCCGACAUGUAACUGAAAAGAAUCUCUCCCUUACUGAAGUU